AUGGUUAGACGGAAUUCAAAAAAAGCUAUAAAAAAAUUUGUAAAACAUAAUUUUUCUUUAUUAUUCACUAUUGGUGCAGUAAUAAUAGGAUUAUUCUUAGGUUUCAUUCUUCGACAAUUUACAUUACCUAAAGAAGUAAUAACAUUAAUAAAUUUUCCUGGUGAAAUUUUUAUGCAAGUAUUAAAAUUAAUGAUUCUACCAUUAAUAUUUGCAUCAUUAAUAUCAGCUUUAGCACAAAUGAAUGCAAAAGAUUCUGGGCAAAUGGGAUUAAUUACAGUAUUAUAUUAUCUUACUACAACAGCAUUAGCAACAAUUACUGGAAUUAUUCUUGUUCUUGUAAUUCAUCCUGGUGAUCCAACAAUUAAAAAUGAUAUUAAAGUUACUGGUGCUACACAUGGUAAUAUUAAUCCAUUAGAUACAUUUUUAGAUCUUAUUAGAAAUAUGUUACCAGAAAAUAUUGUACAAGCAACAUUUCAAAGAACACAAACUGUUUAUAUAAAACCUAAAGCAUUUCAUAAUAUUACUGGUUCAUUUGUAUCACCAAAUAGGCAUAGAGUUAUUGAAUAUGUUCCUGGUAUGAAUAUUAUAGGUAUAAUUGUUUUUUGUACUGGUUUUGGUAUUGUUAUAUCACAACUAGGUGAAAGAGCACGUAUUAUUAUUGAAUUUUUUAUUAUAUUAGAAGCUGUUAUAAUGAAAUUUGUUGAAGUUAUAAUGUGGUUUGCACCAUUAGGUAUUGUGUGCCUUAUAUGUGGUAAUUUAUUGGAACUUGAUAAUUUAUCUGAUACAGCAACUGUUUUAAUGAUGUAUGUUAUAACAGUUAUAAGUGCUUUAAUGUUUCAUACAAUUAUAAAUAUGCCACUUUUAUAUUUUAUUUUAACAAGAAAAAAUCCAAUGAUUGUUGUAAAAGGAAUAGCUCAAGCUGUUGUAACAGGUUUUGGUACAGCAUCAAAUGGUGCUGCAUUACCAUUAUCAAUGCAAUGUAUGGAAAAUAAUUUAGGUUGUGAUAGGAGAAUUACAAGAUUUGUCUUACCUAUGGGUUCAACAAUAAAUAUGGAUGGUAAUGCUUUAUAUGAAGCAAUUGCAGUCAUUUUUAUUGCUCAAUUAAAUAAUGUAACCUUGACAUUACCAGAAGUUAUUACAGUUAGCUUAACAGCAACCUUAGCUUCAUUAGGUCUUGGUUCUGUUCCUGCUGGUUUAGUAUCAAUAUUAUUAAUUUUAAGUACACUUGGAUUACCACUUAAAGAUAUACCACUUCUUAUUACAAUUGACUGGCUAUUAGAUCGUAUACGUACUGCAAUUAAUGUUUUAGGUGAUGCAUUUGCAACAAUGGUUGUAUCACAUUAUUUUAAAGAAAAAUUAGAAAAAUCAGAUGAAGAUGAUAAAUUUCAUGAAGAAUUAAAAAUUGAAAUAGAACAAUUAAAAUCAGCUGCAAAUAGUAGAAAUCCUUCUGUCAUUUUAUGGGGUGACAAUCAAUCAUUAAAAAGUUAUUCAUCUCUUCCAAUAACAGCAAUACGAAGACAUUUAUCAGUAGAUUUAUCAAUGUCAUGGAGAAAAAGUACAUUAAAUCCACUUUCUUUAAGAAAAUAUUCUAAAGUAUCAUUGUCAAAAGUUGAAAAUGUAUGA